CUUUUUUUCUUUUUUUCCGGCGGUUCGAUCCCCUGCCCCGACGAUCCUCCACUCUCCACUCAGCGCUGCAGCCCGCCUGCUCCUCAGUCGCUCACCGCGAUGCAUCCGCCUCCUCGCCGUCUGCUCCUUCCCCUCUUCCUCUGCCUCCUCCCAGCCGUCGCGUGGGCGCUACUCCCGCCGCCCCGCUUCCCGGGCCCCCACGCGCGGCGGGCCGGAGUGAGAGACGGGGUCGGGGGCUACGAGUUCGACACCCGAUACUUCCGGCAGCGGCUGGACCACUUCAGCUUCUCGGGCGGAGAGGAGUCCUUCCAGCAGCGGUACCUCGUGGGCCGCGCCGGCGGGUGGGCGGGACCCGGCGGGCCCAUCUUCUUCUACUGCGGCAACGAGGGCGACAUCGCCUGGUUCGCCGCCAACUCCGGCCUCGUCUGGGAGGCCGCCCCGCGCUUCGCCGCCCUCGUCGUCUUCGCCGAGCAUCGAUACUACGGGGAGUCCAUGCCAUUCGGCAGUAAAGAGAAGGCUUACAACAAUUCCAGGUCCUUGGCGUAUCUGACAGCUGAGCAAGCGAUUGCGGACUAUGCUGUGCUGCUCACUGACCUCAAGAGGAACCUGUCCUCAGAAAGCAGCCCCGUGGUGCUCUUCGGGGGUUCAUAUGGUGGAAUGCUGGCUGCUUGGAUGAGACUCAAGUAUCCGCACAUUGCUGUCGGGGCUCUCGCAUCGUCAGCUCCGAUCCUACAGUUUGAGGACAUUGUCCCUCAAACGAUAUUCUAUGAUAUUGUUUCAAAUGAUUUUAAGAGGGAAAGUUUAAGCUGCUUUCAAACCAUAAAGGACUCUUGGAAAGAAUUAGAUGAGCAAGGAAAUGGGCAAGAUGGUCUCCUGAAACUAAGCAAAACGUUCCACCUUUGCCAGACCCUGAAAACCACGGGCGGGCUUUCAGAUUGGUUGAACUCAGCAUAUGGUUUUCUGGCCAUGGUGGAUUACCCAAUGUCAUCAGACUUUCUCAUGCCUUUGCCCUCCAACCCGAUUAAGGAAGUAUGUAGAAAUAUUGACAAGCAGCUGGAUGGGACCAGUACACUGGAACGAAUAUACGCUGGAGUAAAUAUAUACUACAACUAUACUGGUACUGUUGACUGCUUUGAUCUAGAUGAUGAUCCUCAUGGAAUGGGUGGAUGGCAAUGGCAGGCUUGUACUGAGAUGGUAAUGCCAAUGUCUUCCAGUGAAAGUCUUAGUAUGUUCCCACCAUAUGAAUUCGACUAUGCUUCAUAUGCUGAUGAUUGUGUCAAAAGCUUUGGGGUUAGACCAAGUCCUCGAUGGAUCACUACAGAGUUUGGUGGCCAUAAUAUUAGUGCAGUUCUGGAGAAAUUCGGUAGUAAUAUCAUAUUCUUCAAUGGACUUCUUGAUCCUUGGAGCGGUGGAGGUGUCCUGAAGAACAUAUCUGGGAGCGUUGUUGCCAUUGUGGCUCCACUAGGAGCACAUCACAUAGACCUGCGCCCCGCGACAAAGGAAGACCCAGAUUGGCUGGUAAGCCUGAGAGAAUCAGAACUCGGGAUCAUAUCUGGCUGGCUAUCCGAUCACUACGGGGCAACAGCCACAGGGGCGCUCUUUAAGCGUGCAGCUGCCAAGGCCUCCGCUGCCUCCUAGAAAACGGCAUGUCCCGUCUUCCGUUGUCCCAAAGCUGCAGCUUGCUUGCUGAGGAUUCUGCUCCGACUGACAUCAGAUCAGCAUGGCAUCUCAACUCGCAGCCAUCGUCGCCGGCUGGGCCGUACCAUCGGAUACUUGUAUGCUGAUUUUCUACUUAUUAGUGUAUUUCUUGUGCAAUACAGUACGGAGUACCAAAUAAGCAGCGACUGAUGAUGUGCAUAGCCGGUACUCCGUGUAAUCAAAUGUUACCAAAAAAUCAGAGAUCUCCGUGUACUCAAAUGAAAAUGUGUCUAUCGAAAAUCACGUCGGUGUUAAGAAAAAAAAACGGGUAAGAUAUAGCUUU